CAUGUGUGACUACCGUUCAGUUUGAGUUGGACACUAGGCGAGAUCGCGCGUUCACUCGUGAUGGCGGCCAGCCUUCCUUUCGGACUGCUCGUUCUGGUCACUGUACCACUGCUUGGCAAAUGCGAAUUGAGGCUGAAUGCCGGCUGCAAAAUCGAGACCCUGAGGGCUUGCGGAGACGACUACGUGCCCUAUAAGAAAGGGCCGCACCUGCACGAGUCUGGGCAAGAGUUCGACGAGGGAUGCAAGAAAGACAAGACACAGAUCCCUUGCACGCUCAAGUUCAUCAAUGACUGUACGGAUGGAUUGCCCAAAGCCGCGUCACUGGUGGCAAUAAAGGCGUUGGAAGAGAACAUCGAGGCUGUCUGCAACGUUGGUUCGGAUCCGUACAAAAAAUACCAGAGAGGCAUCAAGUGUAUGAACUCCCACGGCGACAAGCUUCACAAAUGCGUUAAAAACUUUUUAACUAUUCUGGAGCGUGCCAUCGUCAAGGCACCUGCCAAGGAUGUCAUUCACUACACCUGCUGCUCGUACCACGACACGGUAGACUGCCUAUCCAACAGCCUCACGCCCUGCGAAAGCGUCGGCUCCAAGGACUUCAUGGUCAGAGUCGUCGAGGAGAUGUUCGGCGAGACGCUCAACCUCGUCUGCGGCCGCUACACGAAGGGCUCGCCAAACUGCAAGUCACUGCCGCAGUUACCGCGUCUCGGUGCCAAGGACCGCCGGGUCAACAACAUCGUCGAGCUCCUCCUGGAGGCAGCCGGCACUUUGGGGCGGAAGAACUAGACACCCAUAUGUGCAAAUAAUUGUGUGUAAAUUACGCGAGUCGACAAAUUGACGGCAGCUCGUCCGCGGGCUUAGUACAUUCACGUGACAUUUCAUUUGCGCAUUCAUCCUAACAACCCCAUUUCAGACGGGAGAAACGUUUAGUAACGGGUCACCCCAGCGUAUUCUCUCCCACAGUCAUAGCCAUCACUUGAGUGCAUCGAAUUUAGGACAAGGAGUCUACUUCUUUUUAUUGAAGACAGUUCCAUAGAUUUUUUUUUCACAAAGCAUUAGGGCGUGCACACAUUUAUUUAAAUGUAUUACGCCUCAUGGAGACCCGCGCGACAAAGAAGAAAACUCUGCUCAUUAGUUCGCACAGAAAACAUCGCCAUUACCACUCACUUUCGUAUGCGCCCCGCGUAUUGCGGACCAACUUCACAGAAAAUGCAGCUUGACGUCUGUCAAGUAAAGAAAACUUUCGCGUGGCUUGCGAGACUGCCUUUGCUCAGCGCUUUUCUUAGGGCAAUAAAAGUGAUAGAUUGUUUGA